AUGGCCACGACAGCCCUCUACAACGUGCUCACCAAUCCGCGGCAUACAAAAUGGAUUGUACCGCUGCUAAUCCUCGGCGACGCAAUUCUCUGUGCCCUCGUCAUAUGGAAGAUCUCCUACACCGAGAUUGACUGGACGACAUACAUGCAACAGGUCUCGCUAUACAUCUCCGGCGAACGCGACUACCCGCAGAUCAAGGGCUCGACCGGUCCGCUCGUCUACCCCGCCGCCCAUGUUUAUGUCUACACCUUCCUCUACCGCUUCACCGAUGAAGGCCGCGACAUCCUCCUCGGACAGAUCCUUUUCGCGGGGCUCUACCUAGCCACCCUGAUUGUCGUCGUGGCGUGCUACCGGAAAGCAGGUGCUCCUCCAUACCUCUUCCCGCUUCUUAGUCUGUCCAAGCGGCUUCAUAGCAUCUUCAUGCUGCGCAUGUUCAAUGAUGGUGUCGCGGCGUUCGCUAUGUGGGUGGCCAUUUACCUAUUCAUGACACGGAAAUGGACGGCGGGUGUUGCAGUGUGGUCUACUGGCGUGGCAGUUAAAAUGACCCUCCUAUUGCUUGUGCCGGGAAUUGCGGUCGUCACGUUGCUGGGUCUGGGGUUGACGCGGAGUGUCACGCUUGGGACAGUGGCUAUACUGAUUCAGGUCCUACUCGCAGCUCCUUUCCUGCAGGCCAAUGCUACGGGGUAUAUUUCUCGGGCGUUCGAAUUGUCCCGGCAAUUCCUGUUCAAAUGGACCGUGAACUGGCGGUUCUUAGGCGAAGAAGUCUUUCUCUCGAAGGAGUUCUCAUUGGCUCUGCUGGUGCUGCAUGUCUUGUUGUUGGCUGUGUUCUCCACAAAAUGGCUAAGACCCUCCACAACGAGCGCGCUUCGCUUCCUUCAGGACAUCAUCCAGGGACGGCAGCGGUCGAUGGCUCUCUCGAGAUCAUUCAUCAUGACUGUGCUGUUGAGCUCGCUUGCCAUUGGUUUGUUGUGCGCCAGGUCCUUGCAUUAUCAGUUCUUUGCCUAUCUGGCGUGGGCUACCCCAUUCCUUCUCUGGCGCGCAGGCCUUCAUCCGAUUCUUGUAUAUACCGCUUGGGCACUGCAGGAAUGGGCAUGGAAUGUGUUCCCCAGCACCAACUCGAGCUCCAUGGUUGUUGUGCUGUCGCUUGCAGUGCAGGUCUUUGGCGUGUGGCUCAAUGGGGUUGGCGACAUAGACAGUGGCCGCACCAAGGUUCAUACUCAAUGA